CUCGUUUCGUGUCAGACCACUGCGCAUUCCCACCACUUCGCCGUAUUUUGUCCAAGCUUACGUCAUACUCGUGUAGAGUCUGGAUGAAUCGGAUAUGAUCGGUAGCGUAUUCGGCUGCGAUUAUAGCUAAAAUGACAGAGUACGCAGUUGUUUUUCGGUCAUAUGAGAAAAUAUAGUCACUUGUUUCAUUUUCGAAUUUUUUUUACAAUGACGUGUAACGUGAACGGAUGUGGAAAUUAUUUGGCAAAAACCAAAAAGAUUGGAGGAAAGAUAAAAUAUUUUUCCUUCCCAAAAGAUCCAGUACUUUCCAAUAAGUGGCAUCAAGCAUGUGGAAAAAAAAAUAUUUCAAAAUAUUCUAGGAUAUGUUCAAAGCAUUUUUCUGAUGCAUGUUUUACAAAGAACUUACAACAACAAUUGCUGGGCUAUUCUCCUUCAAAAACUAGAAAGUUACGUCCUGAUGCUAUCCCAACAUUACAUCUUCGUACAGUAUCGAACGAAGGUUCCUCAACUGCGGUGGUAUUAGACGAAAUAAUGACUCCGUCAGCAUCGAACGAAGGUUCCUCAACUGCGGUGGAAUUUGACGAAAUAAUGACUCCGUCAGCAUCGAACGAAGGUUCCUCAACUGCGGUGGUAUUAGACGAAAUAAUGACUCCACACGAUCUGGAACUCCAGGUGACUGCACUGAAAAAGACGAUAAAGAAGUACGAGAAAGCGAGACCGAAAGAAGACAAAGAACUCGUGGAAAGAAAAAUGUACGAGUUACUGGGAAAAAUAUUCAGUCAAGGACAAAUACGGAUGAUAUUGAAUCCCUCACUAUGUAAGAUGAAAUGGUCUUCCGAAGAUAUCACACACGCGAUAUCCUUGCGAUGUGUCAGCCCAAAGGCAUAUCGUUAUAUGAAGCAUGUUCUGCAAAUACCACUUCCAGGCCUUUCAACAUUAAGAAGAUGCUCCGCAUCUUCUCAAGUUGUUGAGGAAUCAUUUUCUGGACAAAGGGUUUAUCUGGAAGGGGAAAAUAGUUGAUAAGGAAAUAUUGUUUAAGUUGCUUUCCAUUAAUGCAGGAGAUUUAAAAAUUAGCCAUAAAAUCACUACGUAUCACUUAAAUGUACAAGGUUCCGAAAGACAGAAGGUUCUUCCUGCUGCGCAAGUCUUAUCCAACACGAUAGCUUCUGCGAUAGAAUGGUGCGGCCGUAAAAGUUACCUUUUGGAUUUACCAUAUCAGGAAGCAGCGUAUGUUAUCAGAUUGUGUAAUGACUGGUUCGAUGUUUUUAAUGCAAAAUGUAAGUACGGUAAACAUACAGGAAAAAAUGCGUACGGUAUAAAUAUUGAAGAACAGAAUGUGAUUUUAAACAACAUGAUGUCUUUCAUUAACGAAACUCGGAUAGGAAAGCAUAAAACUUUAUUACCUUUUCAAAAAGGCAUCUUAGUCAGUAUCGCUUCUUUACAACAACUAUUAUUAUACUUACAAGAACAAUACAGUACAUCCGAUUUUCCCAUCACUUAUUUAAUAACUUACCGUCUUAAUCAAGAUUUGUUAGAAAAUUUGUUCUCAUUCUUACGUUCAAUAGGGUGUGCGAACGAUCACCCAACACCCUUAGAUUUUAAAUACCGAUUAAAACGAUAUAUAUUGGGCAAACAUUCUAGAUAUGCACUGUCAAAUGAAUGUAAUGUUCAAGAAAACAAAUCGAAUGAACCUAUUUUUGUAUCUCCUCUUAACUGCGAUAUCGAUGAUUCUAUGUUAACGGAUAUACUUUCAUCCUAUGUUGAAGAAGAAAACACUACUGUAACUUACAGUUAUGAAGAAGAAGAAUUGUGUAUUGGCGAAGCUUCAUAUGAAAAUUGUAUAACAUUAGAUCCGUGCGCGAUUAUUUCAAGUGACGAAGAACAGUUGUUACAAGCAUUAGAGGAUUUCAACGUUCAUGAAAUUAUCAAUGAAGAGGGUUUAAAAUAUAUAGCCGGAUACGUAGCGUUCAGAUUUAAAAGUAAAGACAAGACAUUGGGUAUUGAAACGCGCCAACUAGAAACAACGUAUGAUUCAGAUUGGUUGCAAUUUAUUUCGCGAGGGAAAUGUAUGUAUCCGAGUGACAAAUUAUUACAAUGUGCGCAUAUAAUGAAUAUUGAAUUUGAUAAGUAUCACGGAUCUAGUUUGAACAAAGAAAAUUUUAUAUUUCAAACAUUAGCAAAAAUAAUACAACCAAAAUUGAAAAUUAAAAUAUCGGAAGAGGUUUUACUAUGCCUUAUUAGAACCAGAACGUACAUUAGGGUGCGCGAAAUAAACCGAACGAUCGCAUCUAAAAAUCAUAGGCGAAAACAAAAAAAGAUAUCAAAAUAUACCAAUACAAAG